AUGGACAUCGGAAUACCACUUUCACAGCUUGCAUCACAGCAUCCCAUUUCAACAGGUUGCGAACCCCUGGAUUCAUCACUAGAAGGUGGAUUCAAACCGGGAUGUAUCUAUGAAAUUUACGGUCCGCCGGGGUCCUGUAAAGAGAUCUUGCUUAAAAAUGUUUUGAAUUCAUCCUCGAGAGAUAGGAUCAAGAACAAGAAGCACAGGAACUUGGUGAUUCAAACGCACAAACCAAUACUCUAUUCGCGCCUUGGCAACCAUAACAAUCAUAAUAAUACUACAUACACGACCCGCAUUACAAAGUUUUCACAGCUAUUACGUUUCCUGCAGCUCCGCGAGGACAAAGGAGAAGAAGAACAAAAACAACAUAAACAAGACUAUACUGUAUUGGUAAUUGACGGUUUCGCGCAGCUACUUGUGGAUCAUACAAAUUUUUCAAGGAGAUCAACCGCUGCCACCACUGCCACCAUCACGACUACACCGAAUGCCGGUUCCGACUAUACUACCAAGAGAUUGAAUUUACUAUUGUCCGUCUUAACCAGAUACGCUACUAGGCAUCAUACUAUUGUCAUUUUAGUGAAUCACAGUAUGGUUAUACAACGCGAGCAUAGCCCUAACCCUAAUACUAGCAGUAAUUUUCUUGUCACUAAUGCGUUGAAAAAAGGUGUAUUAACGAGUGCCCUAGAGUGGGGGAAUGCGCUUAGUGGAAAGGACGCCAUCGGUAGUAGAUUGUUGAAAUUUCGUUUGGGACUCUUUUGGGAUUGGGACCGAAACUCUAACAACAGCAACCACAAGGGUUCUACAACUUGUAAGCAUAUCAGUAGUCGUAGGCCGACCAUUGUAGUUCUACAAGGAGGGGGAUCCCGCCCAGAUGGUAAGCUUCCAGAAGGAACAGGAACCACAACCUCAACAAUAGCAUAUGAACUCAAUGAUAGUGAUUAUGGCUAUUACACCGACGACGACAAUGACGUAUUCGCCGUCCGUAGUUACGAAGAUCAGCAAGACCAGCAACGGCACCAGCAGCGUGAGCUGGAGGUGGAGCACACAACCAUUCAAGAUUCUCAGUAA